UGCUCUCCUCUGAUGCGUCAGUUCCCGCCUUUUCCCUGUCCGUGCUCUCCUCCUGAGGUGUUAGUUCCCGCCUUUUCCCUGUCCGUGCUCUCCUCCUGAGGCGCCAGUUCCCGCCUUUGUCCUGGUCCCGCCCCUGCCCGCGCUCCUCCCCUGAGGCGUCAGUUCCCGCCGUCUCUCAAGCUCCGCCCUCUUGUCAUGGUCUCCGCGGUGUCAUGGCGACAGCUGGGGUUGGCGGCGGUGGCGGUCUCCCUGGGCCUGGAGCUCAUGUACCGCUUUGUGCGGAGGAGAAGGCCGCUGCGGGAGGUUCUGUUCUUCCCGACCCCGCUGAUCUGUACGGAGGCGCUGCUGAGCCCCGGGACGUGCUGCUCUUGCCCGCUCCCGCACCGCACGGACGGCGCCCUGUCCCAGCUCCUGAGGCGUCUUCUCCAGGCCCAGCACACCCUGGAGCUCUGCAUCUUCACCUUCUCCAGCCCCCCGCUGGCCCGAGCCGUGCUCCUGCUGCAUGAGAGAGGGGUCCGGGUGAGGGUCAUCACCGACAGCGACUACAUGGCGGCUUCUGGAUCCCAGAUCGGGGCCCUGAGGAAAGCGGGGGUGGUGGUCCGGCACAGUCAGUCCUCCGGGUUCAUGCACCAUAAGUUUGCGGUUGUGGACCGGAGCAUUGUCAUCACUGGCUCCAUGAACUGGACGAUGCAGGCCAUCCAGACCAACAGGGAGAACCUCCUGAUCACAGAUGAUGGCGUGUGUGUCCAGGCCUAUAUGGAGGAAUUUCAACGUCUCUGGGAGGAGUUUGACCCUGCCGGAUACUGUUUCUUUCCAGAAGAAGAUCAGAAUGGGUCCUGACACCUCACUGCCUCAAUCUUCUGUCUCCGCUGGAGUUUUAAAAGGCUCAUUGUGCUAAAGUUUCAUUUUUAUCUUUGUUUUACUCGAGUUCAGCAGAGAACAUGAGCAUGAUGUGUUAUAGUGCAGGACAUGGAUGCAGGUAUAGGCUGUACCUCAGGAUGGAGGAAGCGGUGGGAUCCUUCAAUAUCCCUAUUUUCACCAUCCACUCUAUGCACACAUGCCACCAGGAUAACAGGUUGCGCGAAGCAACAGAGUAGGUACCUAGUGUGAGGAUGUAAUGUUGCAUUCUAUCUAUUGGUUUGGCUUAGACAUAAAAAAAAAUAAAAAAAAUAAUUAAGGGGUUGGUAAAAACCACUACUGUUUUCAGCUCACUACCUAAAUUUGUGGAAGUGUGGAGAAUUAUGACAAGGAAGGGUAUGUACACACUGGAUUAAAAUGCCACGGAUUUAAAAUCCAAUGUGGCAUAUGUGCUCAAAAACAUGUGGAUAUGUUGCUACGGAUGUCGAUGUGGAAUAUAUAAUUGUCCAUAACAACCUAUCAGAGCUGCUUAUAAAGGAGACCUCUGGCAAAAUUGUUUAUUUUGCCAUUAUGUUCUUGCUGCUGCAACUAAAAUAAUAAACCUUUAAAAUACCUUCCACAGUUUCCCCCAUACAGCUGGAAUUGAUCUCCCAUUGUCUGGUCCCAGUCUUCCUUCUGGUGCCUGAUCCAGUUACAUCACACUGCUGUCCAGCCUUAUACCAGCCGAGGCAGGACAUCACUUUGGCCAGUGAUAAGCUGAACGCUGUGUGACGUGUUGGGCAACAAAAGGAAAAGAGCCUGAGGAUGGGAGAACAAUUCCCACAGUACUGGGGGAGCAGUGGAAGGUACGUUUAUUAUUCCAGUUGCACCAGCCCAGGCAUAAUGGCAAAAUAAAUAUUUUUUUGCCGAAGUUCUCCACCAACAUCCAAAUUGUGCAGAUUUGUUGAAGAAAAAAAAUCCAGUGUAUUUGAAAUCUGAGUUGCAGAGGUUUUCUUUUUGUUUUUACAGAUCUGCAGUCUAUACAGAUUUUAUCUUCUUUAUUAAAGUCAAAGGGGAAAAUCUGCAGCGUUUCUGCAACAUUGAUUGACAUACUGUGGAUUUAAAUUCACACCACAGGUCAGUUUAUUUGUGCAUUUUUAUAUAGGCCAGUAUUUCCUUUCCAGGGUGCCUCCAUCUGUUGCAAAACUCCCAUUGUGGUGUACUGAGUGCAGAAUUAUGGUGGCCCUUCAGCAUUUCUGUGGAAAUCAAUUGUAUCAACCCAUGGAGGUCUGGGUAUGGAGUCACACUCAAUAUCAAAGUGGAAAAUCACACUACAGGCUGAUCCAACUUUAUGCAAUGUCCUUUUAAAAUAACCCAAAAUGAGGCUCAGUAGUGUGUGUGGCCUCCACAUGCCCGUAUGACCUCCCUAAAAUGCCUGGGCAUGCUCCUGAUGAGGUCCUGGACAGGCUGUGGUGCAACGUGGUUUUGGUGGAUGGAGCGAGACAUGAUGUCCCAGAUGUGCUCAAUCGGAUUCAGGUCUGGGGAACGGCCGGCCAGUCCAUAGCAUCAAUGCCUUCCUCUUGUAGGAACUGCUGACACACUCCAGCCACAUGAGGUCUAGCAUUGUCUUGCAUUUGGAGGAACCCAGGGCCAACUGUACCAGCAUAUGGUUUCACAAGGGGGUCUGAGGAUCUCUGAAUCUAAUUGCAGUCAGGCUACCUCUGGCAAGCACAUGGAGGGCUGUGCGGCCCCCCAAAGAAAUACCACCCCCACUCAAUUACUGACCCACCGCCAAACAGGUUAUGCUGGAGGAUGUUGCAGGGAUCAGAACGUUCUUCACGGCGUUUCCAGACUCUCACAUCUGUCACAUAUGCUUAGUGUGAACCUGCAUUUCUCUGUAAAGAGCACAGGACACCAGUGACGAAUUUGACAAACGUCCUGCACGGGGUCUGUAAGCACAGCCCCCACCUGUGGACAUCGGGCCCUCAUACCACCCUCAUGGAGUCUGAGUGGACACAUGUACGUUUGUGUCCUGCUGGAGGUCAUUUUGCACGGCUCUGGCAGAGCUCCUUCUGCUCCUCCAUGCACAAAACCACACUACAGGCGGAUCCAACUUUGAUGUACUGUCCUUAAAACAAGUCAAAAUGAGGCUCAGUAGUGUAGGUUCCUACAUGCAAUGUAGUAACCUAGGUUUAUUAAUAUUGUGGACUGCAGAUGUUGUUCUAUAGUUAAAAUCGAUUUGUAUUGCUUGAAAACGCUACAGUGUAGCAGUGAACUAAAAGCGAUACUGUCUUUAUAAAUCUUUGAUAUAUAAUGCAGACAUAUCUGAAGUUUUACAACAGGUGCAGUCUGUGUCGAGAUCCCCACGAUCAAUAACUAUUGCAACAUACCUGACUGAGCGCUGGGGAGUGAAGUGCUCUACUCAGCUGUAUCGAACUGGCAACAUUUUUUACAUGUUUAUAUGACAUGUCAGAGAGUUUUUUUUUUUUUUUAUGACAGUAAUGCUUUAAUGCUAUGGCUGUAAGUUUACUAACUAUGUAAGGUUUUGUUUAUGUGUA